GAAAUAGCAUUUUGGCGUAUUAUGGAUGGAAACCUCCAUAAAUAGGGGUGAGCCUUCAAGCUAUUGCAUAUCCAAACUAGCUCGUGUUUGAUGGCUUCAAUGGAGUUUCAUCUACUUUCCUUCUUUGCUUUACUUUUUGUUUUGGUGGUGGUAAGAGGUGAUGCUUCUGUACCUGCUGAGGUAUACUGGCAUUCCAAGUUACCAAACACUCCAAUUCCACAAGAUCUUUUAAACCUUCUACAGCAUAUGGGAGACAAGUACACCUAUUGGGAUAUGGGGUUUAAUGCCGAUGAAACUCUUGUUCCCUCGGAUGAUCGUAGGAUAAAAUAUGGAAAGCGCUAUGAGCAAGCUUUUGCAGAAGAUACUAAUGAUAGGAGAGAGAAAUACGGAAAACGAUACGAGCAAGCUUUUGCAGAAGAUACUAGUGAUAGGAGAGAGAAGUACGGAAAGCGCUACGAGCAAGCUUUUGCAGAAGAUACCAAUGAUAGGAGGGAGAAAUAUGGAAAGCGCUAUGAACAAGCUUUUACGGAAGAUACCACUACUGAUAGAAGAGAGAAGUAUGGAAAGCGCUACGAGCAAGCUUUUGCAGAAGAUACCAGUGAUAGGAGAGAGAAGUAUGGAAAGCGCUACGAGCAAGCUUUUGCAGAAGAUACCAGUGAUAGGAGAGAGAAGUAUGGAAAGCGCUACGAGCAAGCUUUUGCAGAAGAUACCAGUGAUAGGAGAGAGAAGUAUGGAAAACGCUACGAACAAGCUUUUGCAGAAGAUACCAGUGAUAGGAGAGAGAAGUAUGGAAAACGCUACGAACAAGCUUUUGCGGAAGAUACUACAGAUAGGAGGGAGAAGUAUGGAAAACGAUAUGAGAGGAAAUUCAACAAACAUGCCCUUCCCAACUCGACUGUAUUUUUCUUACCUAAUGAUCUCCAUGUAGGCAAGAGGAUGAGGCUCCAUAUAACUAAAUCAUCAAACAAGGCUAGAAUUUUGCCUCAACAGGUUGCUGACACCCUGCCCUUUUCAACUAAUAACUUAGCAGAAAUUUUAAAGCGCUUCUCGGUGAAACCUGAAUCACGUCAAGGCAAGAUGAUAAAGCAAACCGUGGAGGAUUGUGAGUCUCCAGCAAUUAAAGGAGAAGACAGAUAUUGCCCCAGAUCUUUAGAAUCCUUAGUUGAUUUUGGUGUGAAACAUGUUGGAAACAAAGCUCAAGUCCUUAUGAACGAGGUAGAUAAGCCUACAAGGGAGCAAGAGUAUACAAUUAUGGGAGUGAAAUUUAUAGGAGAAAAUCACGUGGUGUGCCACAAGCAAAAAUACCCAUAUGCUGUGUAUUAUUGCCAUGCACUCAAAGGCACUAAGGUUUAUAUGGCUCCAGUGAUAGGCGCUGAUGGCACAAAAGCUAAAGCAGUCGCCAUUUGCCACACAGACACCUCAAAUUGGAAUCCAGGGCACCUGGCCUUCUUGCUUCUGAAUAUGAAGCCUGGUGAAGGAACUGUUUGCCACUUCAUUAGAAGUGAUACUUUUGUCAUGGUUUCCAGUUCUGAUGUUGUGGAAAAAGCUCCAGCACCAAUCUCUUCAUGAGCAACUCUCAUAAGUUUAUGUGUGCUUGAAGUUACUCUAUGUUAUGUUGAAUAAAUGUUGGGCUUUACUCAACUUAUUUUCUUCUUCCAA